AUGAAAUCUAAUUUGGAUGUUGAUACUAUUGAAUUUAAGAUAAGUCUGACGAACGGCCUGUUCACCUCUGAACCUCUGGGGCUGACCGAGAGCGGGCUGGGCCCCGGCCUGGCGUGGACCCGGCCGCCCUUCGCUGCGGGGACCAGCCGCACGGCGCACGGGUCUGAGCUCCGCGCGACGGCAGCGGGCAGCGUGCGCCGCAGCUCCCCGGGCCCCGUCGCCCCGCCACGGACCCGUGGCCACGCGCUCUUGGUCGCUGCCCCCGGCCCGCUGAGCCCCCCAGUGCGGGAGCCGCCGCAGCCCGAGGAGGGGCAGCAGCUUGCGGAUUCACAGAGCGGCCAGUUCAACGACGGGCUGGAGGACUCAGGCUUACUAGAAAGCAGCACCCGACUGAAACCUCACGAAGCCCAGAACUACAGGAAGAAGGCCUUGUGGGUCUCCUGGUUCUCCAUUGUCGUGACAUUGGCCCUGGCCGUGGCUGCCUUCACUGUCUCCGUUAUGAGGUACAGCGCCUCUGCUUUUGGGUUUGCAUUUGAUGCCGUCCUCGAUGUCCUGUCGUCGGCGAUCGUCCUGUGGCGCUACAGCAACGCGGCCGCCGUGCACUCUGCCCACAGGGAGUACCUGUAAGUGCACUUCGCCUUC